CGGUAUUCCCCCUCCACCCCCUCCAGCCGGUAUCCCCCCUCCUCCAGCUGCUGGCGGUGGCGCCGGCCGUGGUGCCCUCCUCGCUUCUAUCCAGCAGGGUAUGUCCCUGAAGAAGACUCAGGUGAACGACCGCAGCACGAGCUCGUCUGCUGGUCGCGUCCU